AAUGUACCGUUCAUUUAUAAAUGCGCCCCGUAUCUCUGACGGAUUAUUAAAUAAAGUUUAAAACGAACACGGUACGGCACGGAGUUCAGAGUGGAAUACGAGUUUCAAGUUGUUACAAAGGCAGUAUAAGAUGUACCAAGAAAAUCUUACUUUGCCGGCGUUAACUUCAGUAAUUGAAUGUGAUUUGGGUGCUAGUGAAGCUUCAUCAAACUCAGAACUUACACAAGAAAUUAAAUCAUCAUCAAUCCAAGAGAUCUGUAAAGAUGGACAUGCGUCCAAACCAAAGAAAAGAAAAAUAGAUACAACAAAAAACAUUAACAUUUCAAACAGUGAUUCAAAUAUAGAGAGUGAUUCGAAAUCGCCUGGUUUGUCCUAUAUUGCACUCAUUUCAAUGGCUAUUCAAUCGUCUGGAGCAAAGAAAAUGCUUUUGUCCGAGAUAUACCAUUGGAUUGCGGAACACUUCCCUUAUUAUCAAAUGAAAGACAAGAGCUGGCGUAAUAGCAUUAGACAUAAUUUAAGUUUAAACGAGUGCUUCGUGAAAAGUGGCAGAAGUGAAAACGGAAAGGGGAACUACUGGUCCAUACAUCCAGCUAAUAUAGAUGACUUCUCAAAAGGCGAUUACCGGCGGCGGCGGGCCCGUCGGCAAGUGAGGAAAUGUGAUGAAGAUUUACAACGGUUGUGCUCUAACAGCCCCGAGGUUGCUAAACCACCAACCCCGUCGGCUGAAAACUGUUGCCAUGAUGGAUAUGUACCUAUGAUUUCAACGAUAGUUCCGUCUAAUUUCCUUUCUACAAUGGGCGUUGAGCAGGUGAAAUCAUUUGAUUUUUGGUACCCAAAUACUUGUACCCAGUCUGAAGACUGCAAGAAACAAGGGCAGCGCUUGUCCAGCUCAGAAUACAAAGACUCAGCUAAAACAGAAAUGACGUAUCCCGGUACAAGUUUACCGUAUUACGGGCGUUGUUUCAGUCGUGAUAACUGUAGCAUGACGUCGCCACCUGCAGAGUCAACGGUGAACGUGAAUGUUAACGUAAAUGUGUGUGGUAAUACGGAAACUAAUCGACCGGAGUGUUAUCCCUAUGUAGAACGUCAUUUCAAUGCUUUGCCACCUCAAACAUACGGACAAUACUGGCAAGAAUCGUACGAACAGCCUCCAUAUUUCGGUCAAUAACAAGAAAAAAAAUCCAGUUUAAAGAUGCAUCCACUCGAUCCCUCCAGAUGAACCAAAAUAUGUCCAGAAAAUAAAACUUGGGAAAAAAAGUACUGAGAUUUUAAGAAAAGUAAAUAGAUCAAGAUAUAAGUAAUAAUUUCUAUGUUAUGUGCGAUUUAUGAUCGAUUUUGCAGUAUUUUUCAUCAUAUUUCUAUUGUGUUACUAACGUUACAGACUUUCCAAAACCGAUUUUACCUUUAUGCCGAAUUCAUGUUAAGCAGUCUUUAUUUAUAACUAUUAAAAAAAAUGUAAAUCAAUAAUAUAUUUGUGACACGAUAUUUAUUUGUUUUUAUAAUAUGUACAA